GAUCUUACUGCCCCGCUCACAUGACUGGAACAUUCGCUGUAUGACACGCGCAUUUAUCGCUGCUAAAGACAGAAGAAAGCAUUGAUCUUUAAACAUUAUCAGACUCAUUUAUACAUCAGAUCAACAUGAGCAUCAGACACACAUUUACUGCAGCUCUCUGCUUAACCCUGAUGGGUUGUUUGGUUGUAACACACGCAGUCACACUUGAGGUGAAGGAUGGAAACUUCACGUGCAUUAAAGCACAACUGGACGCCAACUUCAGCAUCACCUACAACACCACAAACGGCACGAACACAAUCGUCUUCAUGCUGCCGGACUCGGCGUCCACAAACGGCAGCACAUGUGGCAAUGUUUCAUCACGGCUGGUGGCGUCGUUCGGUGACGGUCACAUGAUGUCCAUCGUGUUCUCCAGUGACGGGCGUCUCUACAGGGUGGAAAAUCUGAGCUUACAGUACAACCUGAGUGACAGGAACACCUUCCCACAAUCCACCAGCACAGAUGUGGUUUUGCUGGAGACAAACUCUUGGGGAAUAUCAGCGAAGAUGAACAGCACAUACAGAUGUCUGAGCUCCAGCACCAUCUUUCUGAACGCCACUGCCUCCGUCACCUUCUUUAAUGUACGGAUGGAGGCGUUUAUGUCAGGAGGAAACCUCAGCACGGAUGAGUCCGUCUGCAACGCUGAUCAAACUGUGACAACUGCUGCCCCACCCAAAACAACAACUGCUGCCCCAUCUCCAGUUCCCCCGGGCAUCCCAGAGCGAGGCAACUACACCGUCACCAAUGGCAACAAGACCUGUCUGCUGGCCUUAAUGGGACUACAGCUCAAUAUCACCUACUUAUCCAAAUCUCAAAACAAGACCGUCACUGAAGUCAGGAACCUGCAGCCCAAUAAGACGUCAUCAUCAGGGUCAUGUGGGGUCACAGUCAGCACACUGAAGCUGACCGAAGAUCUACAAAUGACAAACUUGAGCUUCAUCUUCACACUGAACUCGACUACACAGAAGUAUUUUUUGAGCACUCUCAGUGUGUCUGCCAGCUGGCCUGACAUGAAAGAGACGUUCUCAGCGGUCAACAAUUCUCUGGCGUAUCUUCAGGGCAGCGCAGGUCGAUCGUUUAUGUGCAGUUCUGAGCAGACGCUCGCUGUCGUGCCCACGUUCUCGAUUAACACCUUCAGACUUCAACUUCAGCCGUUUAACGUUACUGGAAACCAGUUUGCUGCAGCUGAAGAGUGUCGUCUGGAUAAGGAGAAUAUGCUGAUACCCAUCAUAGUUGGAGCGGCUCUGGCAGGUCUGGUGCUCAUCGUUCUCAUUGCGUAUCUGAUCGGUAGGAAGAGAACUCGUGCUGGAUAUCAGACCAUUUAAACUCCCAUCACUCCCGGUUUAUUUCACUUCAUCUAUUCCCAUUAGACGGACCACACACACACACACACACACAAACAGACUCACUGGAGUGUGUGUGUGUGUGAACUGAAAUGUUCAUUGUGUUUUUGUACUCAAAGUGUUUCUUCCCUGCGAGAGGUCAUACGCUGUGGUCAAUAAUAUUUGUUUAAGUUUUUAAUCUGCUUGAUUUGUGCUCUGAUCUCAGGGCUGCUGUUCUUACGCUUUUGUGUUUGUAAAUAAUUGUUUUAGUUAUAGAUAACUUUUAAAUGAUUCACCAUUUAAAAUCAACCUAAACCACUUAACAAAAAAAUACACACAGGUGUGUGUGCGUGCAAGUGUGUGUGUGUGUGUGUGUGUGCGUGAAUGACUGACUUGAUGUUAAUAAUUAAUUCAAUAAUGUCUUCUUCUGUCUCUUAUCAAGAACCGCUCUGGUAAAUUACCCAUAAUUCUACACACAAAUGCAUGAUCAGUAGUUCAGUCUUGGGGCCUCGUUUAUAAAGCAUGCAUGCGCACAGAUUUUAUUGGUAAAGUGUGCGAACCAAAAAUCCACAGCAAAGUCCAUAUUAAUAAAAACUUUGUCUUUGACAUGAAAGUAGUUAGAAGCACGUCAGGGUCUGAACAGACGAACGCACUUCUGCUUGUCAGACUGCUGCAGGUUCUUGGAAGUUCAAACAUUGACAGGUGCUCUUUUAUAUGUCAAUGACAUGAAUUAGUCAUCAUUUAAAGGCGGAGAUUUGAAACGAUUUAGCUGCGCACAAUUUCAAGAUCAUUUGUGGUUGAUUUCAGUCUAUACGCAUGUUUUCUGUGCACACGUCCGUUUUAUGAAUCACACUUUUGAGAAAUUAUAAGAUCAAAUUUUGUACGCAGUAUUUUAUAAAUGAGGCCCCUGGAUUGGGUAAUACUGUUGUCAUGUAGUGCUGGUGUGGCUGUAAUGUUUGUUCACCUUUAGUAAAAAGGGAUCAUUGUAUUAGUUUGUGUAUGAGAUCAUCUGACUCCGCCCUCUUUACAAAUGAAUUCAAUUUAACACAGUAGAGAGUUUUAGUGUCAUUUCAUUCAUAUUUCAUCUGUUAAAACUGUAUCUAACUCAACAACUAUACAUUUAAAAUGAACAUCUUUAUUACUAACUAAAUGAUGUCAUGUUUUUUGAUGAUGUCACAGCACAUCACUGCAGUGACAUCAUUGUGCAUGUGACUAAACACAGUCAUUUAGUGUAAAGAUUUCCGAUUCAUCCCAGUUAUAAAUGCAGCAGUUUGUUACUGAAGUUACUCUUAUUUAUGUUAAAAACUCAAUGCUGUUUGAAUCUUCAGUGAAAGAUCUACAGAAGAACAUCGACUCUUUAUCAGCUCGUCUGAUCUUUUAUUUUUCUAGAGAACGCUUCAUUAUUUUUUUAUGUAUCAGGUGUGAGGUUAAUAAAUAAUGACUUGCUCUCA